GAUAAUGGUGACGCGUCUAUGAAGAUGGGAGGGAGAUUAUAAAUAGCGAGUUGGUGACGAAUUGUGUUGUUUGACCACAGUAGCUAACUGUCUAUAUAGAGGCACGGAAAAAACUCUGGUAAACUUGUCGACACUGAUCUUUUUUUACAUUUUCAAAGAUGAACAGAAUUCUUCUCAGCAUUUUCACAGUUGGCCUGUGUUUUGCAGUUGGCCAGGCACUGAAGUGCUACAAAUGUGACGUGGGCUUUUGGAACAUGUGCUAUACCACCGAAGUCAACUGCAAUGCCGGGGAGUAUUGUUUCAGCGGUGUCGGACAUGCAAUUAAGAUUGUGGACAUCAAGAUGAAAGGCUGCCUGAAACUGGACGAAUGCAACAAGACGACCACAACCAAUUUCCCUUCCGACUCCAACCACACAGUAUACAACCUAACCAAGAGCUGCUGUGACAAGGACCUGUGUAACGCUGCCCCGGACCUGCACCGAAUGAGCAUCCUGCCCCUGGCCCUCGCCACCCUGACCACUGCCUUCAUGACCAAAGUCCUAGUGUAAGGGGAUGAAGCCCUCUGUGUGGCCUAUACACAUACAUAUGCAGAGGUUGAUAUACGUGUAGGUUGAUGGUUCACACACCCACACGCACUCAUCAAAUGUUAGCACCAAUCUGUCCAUGAAUGUAAGUCCUGCAUUAAGCUUGUAUCAUUUAGGCCAAUGAGGAAACAUCUGUUAAAGUGUACCAUAUACCAGCUAAACUUCUUAAUUAUUUCUAUUAAAUAAUUUUAUUUGUCUUUGA